AUGCUCGUGUUCUUGGAAGUAAUCCAGGACCUGUAUGCAGCUCGGGCACGAAGGGGACUACACUCUGACAAGGGGCAGUCCGCCCCAUCGUCGAUGCGAAACAGCGCCCUCUUCGGUCUUUCCAGGCUAAUGGAUAUCAACGCCGUGGAGCUGUCUCAUAUGAUGAGCGACAGCAUCGACAGCAAUUUACCCGAGAGUGCGUCACUCCGGUGGCGGCUGUCGUGGUAG